AUGAUGAUAAUAAUAAUAAUAAUAAAAAUAAUAAUAAUAAUAAUAAUAAUAAUAAUAAUAAUAUUAAUUUUUUUUUUUAUUUAUAAAAAUACAAUAAAUUACUUUGUAUAUAGUUUUUUAUAAUAAUUUAUUUUUUUCUUACAUAUAUUUUUUUUAUAUAAAUUUUAUUAUCUAUAAUUUUAGAAUAUUAAUUUUUUAUAUCCUUUUAUUUUCUUCUAUUCGUUCAUUUAGUCUAAUAUUAUAUUAUAUAUAAUAUAACAUUUAAGUAUUUGUUUUUCAUAUUGUUUAAAGCAAAUUAUCAUAUUUAAAUUUAUUUAAUUAUAGUCUUGUAUAAACAAAAUAAUUAUUCUUUUAUUAAUUUUAAUUUAUUAAUUAAUUUAGAAAUUAUUUACAAAAUAAUUACCUCAAAUAUUAUCAAUAUAAUUUACUUUUAAUAUAUUUAAAUAUUUUAAAUAAAUUAUUUUUAUUAUUUUUUGUAAAUAUAAAUUAAUUUUUUUGUUAUUAUAUAAAUUCAAAUAAAUGUAUUUUUAAUAAUAUUAUAAAUUGUUAAACUAUAUUUUAUUAUACUUAUAUUGUUUAAUGAAUUUUUUUAAAAAAUAUAAAUUAAGAAAUAAUUAUUUAACUUUUUAAAUAAUAUUUACAUUAUUAUUAAAGCUUUUUUAAUUUAUUUCGAAAUAAAUAGUAAUUAUUUUAGUUAAUUUGAUUAAAUUUUCAAUUAAAAAAUUAUAAUUUGUAUAAAUGACAAGUAAUUAUUAUAUAUAUAUUUAUUUAUCUUUUUAGAAAUAAUAUUUUGAAUUAAAAAAAAAAAAAAAUUUUUUUUUUUAAUAAACUUUAUUUUAAAUUUUUUGA